UCUUGAGACAAGGUCAGUUCAAGAUUUGAGCACAGCUCUUUUCCUCCCUGGCUGCCUGAGGAUCUGUUGCCAUCAUGAAUGACACGGUAACUAUCCGGACCCAGAAGUUCAUAACCAAUCAACUACUUCAAAGGAAACAAGUGGUCAUUGAUGUCCUUCAUCCUGGGAAAGCAACAGUACCCAAGACAGAAAUUCGGGGAAAACUUGACAAAAUAUACAAGACUACACCGGAUGUCAUUUUUGUAUUUGGAUUCAGAACCCAUUUCGGGGGUGGCAAGACAACUGGCUUCGGCAUGAUUUAUGAUUCUUUGGAUUAUGCAAAGAAAAAUAAAUCCAAACAUAGACUUGCAAGACAUGGCCUGUAUGAGAAGAAAAAGACAUCAAGAAAGCAGUGGAAGGAACGUAAGAACACAAUGAAGAAAGUCAGGGGCACCACAAAGGCCAAUGUUGGUGCUGGCAAAAAGGGAGCUGGAGCUAGGAGAACAGCCGAAGGAGUAAAGAUUUUGCAGUGCCUGUCUGCAGUGACUGCGGGUUUUUCAUGAGAGGAUUAAUAAACUGUAAAAACUUAAAAAAAAAAAAAAAAAGAUUUGAGCUCAAAGGAACACAGACUGGGAGCAGAGAUCUGGUGACAAACUAAUCAGAAAAUAUCUGAAGCAAGAACAUGGAGCUUAACCCAGCACAAAGGGAAGUAGCAGUAAUAAGACUUUGGAAGAAGCUGAAAGAGAGCUCAGUGUCAGAAAAAUUAUUUCACAUCCUCUUCCUCCUCUCAACUGAGUUGGUCAGAUCUCAGGACAGAGAUAGAAGAUUGC